AUGGCAGACACGUCGCGACGGCUUUUGAUCCUCUAUGGCUCGCAGACCGGCUACGCCGAGGACGUCGCCCGGCGGAUUUCGCGGCAGGCCUGGCGGCGGCAUUUCACCACAGAGGUUCUCGCCAUGGACGAGGCAGACCGAAGCCUCUUAUUUUUGUGUGCUCCACCACAGGGCCAGGGCGAGGAGCCAGACAACAUGAAGAAGUUUUGGCGCUACCGCAAGUUCAAUUUUCCAGCAAAGCGGCUAUUCCGCAGGCUUCUGCAGCUGGGCGGCACGCCAGUGGUGCCGCGUGGCGAUGGUGAUGACCAGCACUACCUGGGAACCGACGGGGCAUUGGAUCCGUGGCUGGAGGAGCUGUGGGAGGAGCUGCUGCUGACGUAUCCGAUGCCGCAGCCGAUUAUCCCCGACUCGGUCACACCCGAUCCGACCUUUGACAUUUCGUUUGUGGACUGCGAUAGAGCACGCCGGAGAAUUUUGCCAAGGCUGACGCAUGCAGAGCGGAUCACCGCCGAGGAGCAUUUCCAGGACGUGCGGCAUUUCCGGUUCGAGCUCAGCGAGCCGGCGCAGUGGAGCCCCGGCGACUGUCUGGUGGUGCGGCCGAGCAACCAGGCGAAGGACGUGGAAGAGUUUCUGGAAGCUGCAAUGGUCCCGCGGCGGUCAUUCUUUGAGCUUAUGGCGUAUUUUGGCGGGAGCGCGGACGAGACAGAGAAGCUGCAGGAGUUUGCCAGCACGCAGGGCCAGGACGACCUGCACACAUACUGCAUGCGGCCGCGCCGCACCAUCAUUGAGGCGCUGGGCGAUUUCCCAAAGACGCGUCUGCCGCUGUCUCAUGUCAUGGAUAUUGUGCCGAGCAUUGCCGAGCGCUCGUUCUCGAUCUCGUCGGCGGCAGCGGUGACCCCGCGGGCAGUGGAUCUGACGGUGGCGAUUGUGGAUUACAAGACCAUGAUGUAUAAGCGCCGGGUAGGCCUGUGUACGCAGUGGCUCAAGCACAUGCCAUAUCGGCACACGUGUGCCCACCUCGAGACACCGGUGAUCAUGGUGGGGCCUGGAACAGGCAUUGCUGCGUUCAUGGCGUUUAUCCGGCACCGGCAGCACCAGGGUGCCACGGCCAACUAUCUGUUCUUUGGGUAUUACUUCUAUCGGGAAGAGCUGGAGUCGCUGCAGAGCGAUGGGGCGCUGCACCUGUUUUGUGCGUUUUCGCGUGAUCCAGGACCACAAGGUAAUGCUGCCACGCUGUGGCCGCUGAUCAGCGAGAUGGGUGCGGAUCGUAUGCCCGAUGAUGUCCGCCGCGCGUUUGUGGAUGUGGUUAAGGAGCAGGGGCAGGUGGACGAAAGUGAGGCCGAACUCUUUAUUGAUAGCAUGGUCAAGACUAGGCAGUACCAAGAAGAGUGCUGGGAGUAG